AUGGCUCAGCCAGACUCAACCACUUCGAAACCGUUCAGAGUCAUCAUCGUCGGGGCCGGCAUCGUCGGUUUAUCGCUCUCCCAUGCCUUACAACUAGCCAACAUUGACCACGUCGUUCUUGAAAAGCAUGAUAAGAUCGUUUCAGUAAGAGGUGCAGCACUGAUUAUCUGGCCCCCGGUCGCACGCAUCUUUGACCAGUUCGGCAUUCUCGACAAGAUCGCCAGGACCAUCACGCCUGUAGGCAAAGAAUAUAUAAGAUGGCCAGACGGAAGUGUGAGCCGGUACGAUCCUGUUCAACAGUAUAUGAGCAAACUCUUCCAAGUACCGAGUAUCUUGUUUGAUCGCCAGGCUCUGGUAUCACAUCUAUACGAGGGGCUACCAGACAAGUCGUACAUUCACACUAACCGGCGGCUUGAAAGGAUUGAGCAUACUGAGACUGGUGUUUGUAUCCAUUUGGCGGAUGGCUCUGUGGAACUCAUGUGGGACUAUGCCUCAGAAUUUGAACCAGGAACAAUACCUGAAAAUGAAAAAGAAGUCAUGAGAUUUAGCGAGUUCAGAGGUAUCUUCGGUGUCAGCACAGUGAAAGACUCGUUCAAUCUUGGACCUGCAGAUACACAUGUCGUUCUCGGUCAAGACAACACGAAAAUGGUUUUUACUCAGCAUGGGAAAGUAUAUUGGGGUAUCACCUUCAAAGAUGAGGCCCAUCUGCCAGAGAAGAGAGACAAGGCUACAGAAGCAGACAUCGAGGCAGUAGCGAAGAACUUUGCCGACCAUCCUAUCACGGAGAAGAUCAAAGUAGGAGACUUGUGGGGAACAAACAUUAGGAACGGUCUUCUCACUGUUGAAGAAGGUGUCCUAGGCAAAUGGUAUGCUGGGCGUAUAGUUCUCGUAGGCGACUCAGUUCACAAGAUGACCGCAGACAUCGGUAUGGGUGCCAAUAUAGGCAUAGAAUCUGCAGUCUAUCUCUGCAAUAUCCUCCACCGCGAGUUUGGCUCCACGCCCACUCGACAGAUCACGGAUAACGAGCUUACUUCCCUCUUCGCCGAAUAUCAAGCUGGCCGCCACGAGCGAGCGAGCGCUUUUGUCCAUGCGAGUGGUCAGGUGACACGUAUGAAUAGCUACCAAACCUAUCUUGGUCGCUUUUUUGUCGGGUAUCUGGCGCCGUAUAUCGUACCCUUACAGAGGAAAGCUACUGCAAGGACGUUGGCUAAGGCUCCGAAAGUGGAUUAUGCGCCGACGAGGACAAUCAAUGAGAGCGCCGAGGGAUGGCGUCUGAAUGAAGAGAGGGAGAAGGAGAAGGAGAAGGAGAAGAACGUCGAUUGGGCGAAGUAUGUGUUCUUGACAAUUAUGCUAGCGGCGAGCUUUACGUAUUUCCGGCCUUGA